GGCGGCGGCAUCUCAACCCUUUCGCAUCCGUUCGCCACCUCGCAUCAGACGGGGAACCGGAGGAGAGAGGAGGGGGAAUGACAUAAAAGUGGAGUGGUAUCGAGGCGCAGCGCACUCUACGGUGAUAAUCGGACAGAGAGAGAAAGAGAGAAGGAGGGGGAGAGAGAGAGUGAGAGAAAGAGCGGGAAAGGAAGAAAGAGAGAGGGAGAAGCGAGUGUAAAAUUUCUCUCCCACGCACGUCAUGCAUGUCAAACGAUCGGACGUGAUCGGCCACCCUCGCGACGACAGGCUAUCGCGCUAUCGAGCAGAGCGAGUUUGUCAAACCCACCUGCGCUACCGCAGAGCGAGCACCUACGUAGAGAGAGAGAGAGAGAGUGGCUGGGAUAGGGAGAUCGCGAACAGUCUUCAAACGUGGUCCAAGUGUCCCGUUCGAAGAUCGUCGUCUUCGAACAGGAGAUCGCUCUGAGAUUCGACCCCUGAGACUCGCUGAUACCGGCACGGCACAUCGGCAGCGGAGCGUCAUGUGCGUACGUACGUUGGUUGGAAGCGAGACGGGCGAGACGAUGUCCACGUUGUCCACGUCUUCGCAGCAAAGAAGCGGCAAGCUGUCCCGCGUCAAGGAGAAGUACAUGAGACUUCACGAUGAGAUGCUGGAGAAGGAGCUCCUGCGUGAGCGGAAGCAGGAGAAGAACUUGCCCGAUUUAGCUGAUGAUGUCCUGGCCGCCAGCACGGCACAUUACGGUCAGCUGUUGAAGAAGCUGGCCAAGUACUACGAGGUCGCGCGUCGUUCCAAAGCGUACAAGAUCUUUUUUCACACGGCGCAACCCACUCACGUAAUUAUGAUCGCGGCGGUCUUGUUUGUCGCAUCGGUGCUCGUUCCAACGAAGGAAAGGGCACAGGCUCCUGGCCAUUCCUACUCCACGGUGGCCUCCUUCAUUUAUCUCGCAUCCUUCGUCAUACAUUUUGGUGCGCAAAUUUGGAUGACCUUCGUAUCAGGUCUAUCUUUAUAUUUUGCACUGCCACGACACGCAUUCGGUGAGGUGCAACGCGUCCUAUUUCCGAGAUACUUUACGAUUAAUGCGUGCUUGAGUCUUACCACGCUUCUCAUAUUCGUCAAACAUCAUCCGGCGUACAUGUGGGACAUCGAAAUCGCUGUUCAGGUCGGUGCGAUGUCCGGUGCCUUUUUCCUGGCACUGUUGAUACGUCUCUAUCUAACACCACCGCUGCUCCAGCUGAUUGUGCAGAAAAACAACUUGGAACGCGCAGCGGGUGUCGGGAACGAGAUCGGCGGUCACAACGCCGGGCCGCUAAAAAACUGCCCGCACUACUUGAAGAUCCAUCAAGCGUUCCGCCGAGUGCACGUGACCGUUGCCAUGGGAAAUAUGCUCACCAUGGCGUGUACGGUGCUUCAUCUUUAUUAUAUUGCGAGUAAAUUAUGUGUUCUGUAAGAGUAUGUCAGUUUUGAGUAUAGAACUUUAGUAUUCUAGUAUUGUAUUGUAUUAGUCUGAGUUUAUUCUAUAUUGAAAUAGAAUAAGCAUUCAGCAAAAAGAUCAUCACAUACAACAAUUGUUAUUUGCACGACAUAAGUCAUGCAUGUUGUUGACUUGAGAGAAAAUCAAACUAAGAGAAGAGGAUAAAAAUGAAUUUUAACAUUUUUUAUAAAUGAUCUGGUUACAAUUCGUUGAUAACACUGUGUAAAUUAUUGCUAAAAGUAGUGCGAAACGCGUGCAUGUGUAACUUGUGAGAGUGUCUCGAGACUGAGUGGAUGUAAUUUAUUUGUCGACAUUGAAAAGAAAAGUUGAUGCUUUCAUAUAAAUAAUAUUUCGAACAAAAAUUACAAAUUUACGAUAGUCGUAUGUAAAAAUAUUGUUAUACAUUUAUAUCUCUUAAGGCAUAGAUUCUUGCCAAAGCGUAUUUUUUUUUCUUAUAUCUUAUAUCGACAUAUGUAUAUUUUUCUUCGACAUAUAUGUCAAAGAAAUAAUUAAGAGAGAAUAAUUAAGUUUUUGCGUUACAUAUUACAAAAGUGUAUUAAUACAACUAGAUAAAAGUAUUCUACCUACGAUUGAAAAGAUAUCGUGGUUUUCUUGAUAACGCUAGAAAUUUUUAAGAAUAUUUUUGUUUUUGAAGUUUCAUGCAAAAUUUCUGCUUACUACGCAUUGAAGGCAAUAAAAGUAUAUUUACUCUGUAUCAGAGUUAGAUAUUUAUUAAACUAGCAAGAGAGAAAAUACAUAUUAAAAAAAAUCAUCAUACAUACACACACAUACACGUGCGCGCGCAGUAAUGUCAGUCUAGAUUAAAAUAUUUUAUAUAAUUGACCAAAUUGUGAACUCGUAUAUCGAGCUCAUUAUUGUAAAUAAUUUUGCCCGUUUAACAUUUGUAAAUCAUACGAUAUUUCAUAUAAUAAAACAUGCAUGCUGUUUUUGUAAAAAGAAUUUUAUUCUUAUUAAUCCCAGUUAGGAUCUGAGCACAUAGCAAGUACAUUAAGUCGUAAACGUAAGUCGUAAGACGUAAGCAACGUAUAAGCUUUGGCAUAUGUCGUAAAAUUUGACGUGCUACGUAAUCGAAAGUAAGUAUGUACAUAACUCAAUUAUUUCUAAAUAAAUAAAAUAUUAUAAAUUA